AAACUCAUCUGACAUGAAAGCGGGAGUCGGGAGAGUGGGAGAGGGAGACCAUGGUACCUGAACCUUUUGUUUUUGAACCGAGUCUCUUUUCCAAACUUUGUGCAGAAAAUUUGUGAGAACGCCGAGGCCCAUGCUCGAUUCCUAUGUGAGAAAACAUACAGAAGCUUAACAAACUUUUCCUUUGCUAUUCAUUCUGCCUCUCCCUCUCUCUCUCUCUCUCUCUCUGCCGCAAUGUUGCCGGGUUCAGGUUACACUAACGGCUAUCUGCCACACGGUUCGUCGGAAAAGCGUAUUGGGCUGAGUCCAAGAGAAAGAUUUCGAAGGGGGAGUCGAAGCUCGAGGGAUUCGAGGAGUGGACAUGGGUUUAGGGUUUCUGGGCAGGAGAGGCCACGUUGUACAGAGUUCGACAUGGCGUAUUUUCAGUCUUACUCUCAUGUAGGCAUCCACGAGGAGAUGAUUAAGGAUCGUGUGCGGACUGAGACAUACAGGGCUGCAAUUUUGCAGCAUCAAAGCUCUAUUGCAGGCAAAGUUGUGGUGGAUGUUGGCUGUGGAACAGGCAUUCUUUCAAUAUUUUGUGCUCUUGCUGGUGCAAAGCGGGUUUAUGCUGUUGAUGCUAGCGAGAUUGCUGUUCAGGCAAAUGAAGUUGUAAAAGCAAAUAAUUUAUCUGACAAGGUCAUUGUUUUACUUGGACGAGUUGAGGAUGUUGAAAUUGAGGAAGAGGUUGAUGUUAUAAUAUCAGAGUGGAUGGGCUACAUGCUUCUGUAUGAGAGUAUGCUGGGGAGUGUAAUUACUGCAAGAGAUCGUUGGCUUAAACCUGGAGGACUUAUUCUUCCUUCACAUGCCACGCUGUACAUGGCACCUAUUACUCAUUCUGAGAGAUAUAGUGAAAGCAUUGAUUUUUGGCGCAAUGUUUAUGGGAUUGAUAUGUCUGCUAUGUUGCCAUUAGCAAAGCAGUGUGCUUUUGAAGAGCCUUGUGUGGAGACAAUAACAGGGGAGAAUGUCCUGACAUGGCCAUUUGUGGUAAAGCAUGUUGAUUGCUAUACGGUCACAAUUCAGGAGCUUGAGUCUAUUACAACAAGAUAUAGAUUUACAUCAAUGAUGCAAGCACCCUUUCAUGGUUUUGCAUUCUGGUUCGAUGUUGAAUUCAGUGGACCUGCAAUUUUUCCUGCAAAUAUCCAUGGAUAUUCCCCACCAGUAGCAUCUUCUGAUACCUACUCACCAGGUUCCAGUCAGAGGAAGAAACGAUCAAAAUCUAAUGAAGCACUUGUUUUGUCUACCGCUCCUGAAGACCCUCCAACCCAUUGGCAACAGACCUUGAUAUACUUUUAUGACCCGAUAGAGGUGAAGCAAGAUCAAGUCAUUGAAGGCUCUAUAACACUGUCACAGAGCAAGGAAAACCCACGGUUCUUGAAUAUUCAUCUUGAAUAUGCUUCAGGAGGUCGAUCAUUUGUAAAAGAGUCAGUUAUGCGGUGACCAGUUGAAUCUUCCCUGGUUUGGUGCAACCCUCACAAUAGUAAGCCUGCUUGUGUCUUUCUUGGCUAGAAAGGUUGGUGUUUGGCAUCCAGGUUCCUGGAUUACAGUUUUGGAAGCGGAUACUUGGGAUUUUGGCUUUACACUUAUUUGAUAGCAAGUUUCACAGUGGAGCCAUGAUCCAUCAUUUUAUUGCGAGUUUCUUUAUUAUGAAUAUUGAUGAAUCACAUGUUUUUACCCAUUAAAUCAUGUGGAACCUUAAGUAUUUCAGAUGGCUGCUGUUUACUGAUUAGCCACUGAAGUUGUUGUAUUUUGUUUAGCAAAAGAUGUAAAUAAUGUGGGAUAUGGCCAUACCACAUUUCUGAAAAGAAGAUUCAAAAGUAUAUUGUUACAUGGGAAUUUCUCCCUCGAUACAAAGUUUAAAAGCGAGAAAACCCAAAACGAUGCAUGGUCAAGCUAACUUCAUGGAACUAGUUUCAGCUUA